AUGGCAUCACUUUUCGAUUCGAACCUUUUUGAAGCUCUCCAUCACCCAGACUACUGGAAUCGCAACCCAAAUUCAUGGGGAAGUUUGAGUGAUUGGGAUAUAUACUAUAUCAAUCAUACACCUGGUAGCACAAAAAUGAAAGCACAUCGGUCACUUGGAUUGGAACUUAAAGUUCUUCUAAAAAGGCUUUCAAAAACAAGCUAUGGUUAUUAUAAGGCAAUUGAAUUACAAAAGCUCUUGAAGGAUUGUCAUAACGAUCCAGUGAAUAUAGAAUUGUGGCAAGAACACUCUACAAAAUUAGGAAGGCUAGCUGUUGAAAAUCGAAUGAACAAACGUGAGAUCUUAACUGUUGGAAUACGUGCUGCAACUAUUGCAGUGGCAACCGAGUUUCCCAAAGAAAAAACCAAGGAAGAAAAAAUACAAGAGAAAUUCUGGACAGUAGACGAUUUUGAUGAUAACAAGGAGAAUGAUUAUGAGCCAGAUGACGCUGAUGAAAAGAUUGUCACAACAUCAAACACAUCCUUAUGUAAUCCAACUGAUGAUGAUGAAUUCACUAUGCAAGACAUGGAAUUGUUUACGCAACGAUUUGAGACCAUGAAAAACGAGAAAAAAUGGAAGCUCAAGACUGGGAAAUACGUGGAAGACGUCUUGUAUGAUUUGGGAAAGAAAUCUAAAUUUCACAAGCGAGAGAGAGCCAUGUUACAUAUAAUGGUGCUUUUAUUAUGCAUAAUUGCUGACCGACCUAAAUUUCAUUCAUAUUCCAGCCUCGUCCAUUCCUUUAUUGUUGACCCUGAGGACAAAUUUCUGCAAUCGGGAUUUACCACUGAUGAACUUACAGAGAUCUGCGAAACAAUGACCGUGCAAGAAGCACCUCAAAUAGAAGGUGAACUAUUGGAAUAUAUUGAUACCUUUGCAAAGACCUCCACGAAAGACAUACGUGAAGCACUAUAUGCUUCUCACCCCAGACUUUGUCGUGAUUAUAAUCCUCUCGUCGAUUUCGCUUAUGAACAUGUGAGGACAACAGUUACUGAUUGGGUCCGUUUGUUAGAAAUGCACCCAAACCCGCUUACACAACAAGAUUUACCAGAAAGUUGGUUUCGGAUUAAUGUCUGGAGAACCGUCGACAUUGCUUUCUCAGAUACGCCUUUUGUAUUUUUCGUUGGAGGAGAAAAAGCAGGAUUGGCAAGCACAGAAAGGAAAAACCGUGGUAGAACUUUGAAUAAUAUACAUCAAAUGCAACGAAAGAAGAUUGGAAAGAAAGGCGAUGGUUACGUACGAACAUUUGGCUCGAGGCCAAUCGAAUGGGCGGCAUCUGAGGCUGGGUCUAAAUGGGAGGGUGAGCAAGGCACAAAACUCAUAAAGGAACGUGGUUUGAGUUUGCCAAAAACUUUGAAAGACAUCUUUAUAUCUCUUGCACGUAAGGUUAACUUUUCUGAAGAGAAGAUACGCAAGAUUAAUGUUCCAGGAUUUGUUCAUUCAGGUUUGCAUUGUAUAAAUUGUACUUUCUGA